GUAAAAGAUGUUUGUUGUAGAAAUAAUCUCGAAAGGAUGAAAUUAUCUUCAUUAGCUAAAACAUAUGCAAAACGAAUUGCAAUUGCAGAUGGUAAUAAAAAUUGUAAAUUUUGUGGUCGAAUUCUAUCAUACUGUUUGACAAAAUCCGUUUAUGCAUCAAAUGAACCAGCAUACUGUUGUUGUUGUGAUCGAUAUCAUCGUCUUUUUCGUUUAGCUGUAAAUUAUUCUGAAAUGUUAAAUAAACGUUAUCGUCAACAACGACGUAAUUAUAAUAAUAAUAGACAAAAGUUGAUUGAUGUGAAAAAUGAUGAAUUAACAAGUCAUUUGAAUGAAUCUAGUACAAACGGAGUGGAAUCAGUGAUGGAUUUAGUGAGUAAGUUAAUGAAUGAUUUUUAUUUGUAA